UGGUUCUCCCCCUUGUUUCUUCCGAGCCGUUCCUGCUGAGCCAUUGGUUUCCUGCGUCGCUGGCUGAUGCCAGUGCUAUGGCUGGCGCUUUUGGCCGGCGCUCACGCUGAGGAGCUUUGCGACGACUCCUCCCUGCUUCAGCUGCCAAAGCCGCCAGGCGGCUUGGCCGCUCGCCGUGCCGGAGCUUUCGGCGUUCCAUGGGCACGGAUCGCUUGGCAGGUUCGCCCCGACAUUCUCCUGGCAGUACCUGGCCUUUUGCUCGCCCUGGUGCUCCUGCUCGCCUUGGAGCGAGCGCGCCCGCGGUUCCGCGCGGCGAGCAGUGCAUUGGUGGCGGCGGGGAGCUUGGUAGCAGCAAAUGGCCUGGUGGCGCAGAACCCGGAGCUGGCAGUGCUGGACCUCUUCUUCGCCCGGUGCUUGGCGCUGGGCUUCCUGGGCCUGGCCUUUCUGAAGCUCCACCCGGAUCGACCCAACGUGGUCCCCGGCUCCGCAGUGGAGGCGGCGCAGAUUCUGGCUGUGAGCUUUUUCUUUAGCGCCGGGACCUUGCUGCAGGUGAUGGCGAUGCACUUCAGCCCGGGCAGCACGGUGCUGCUGGCGGCUUCGGCGCAGUUCUGCGCCUGCGCGGUGCUCAAGGGCCUCCUUCAGGGCCUGGAGUGGGAUGAGACCUGGGCGGCACUGCUGCUUGCGGUGGUGGUGCUGGUGACCUUGACCGGAUGCCAGGGCAGCUGGCAGUGGGGCUGCGGCCUCGGCUUGCUGAGCGCCGUGGCGACCGGCACGGCGUGCUUGGUCCAAAGGCACCUCUCUGGCAAGAUGCACCACCUGGUCUUGCUGACCUACUCCGGCGCCAUGGGGCUCUUGAUGAUCAGCCCAGCGGUGGCCGCGUUCCCGGACGGCAGCACGUUGGCCGCACUGGACGUGGGGCAGCUUCUGCGCGUGGCCGUCUUCGGGCUGCUGCACUUCUCCUUCGCGCUAAACUGUCUGCGCGCGGCAAAUGGCGCGAUGGGGCUGAAGGCUGAGUCUAGUUACGUCUUGGUCUCUCUCUUGAGCCUUGGCUUCCAGUUCCCUGUGGACUUGUUCGUCUUUCGGAUGGAUGUGCUGCUCCCGAUGUCGCCAUACCUGGCAGCGGUGGCCGCCUGCCUGGUCUUCGCCUACCUCACCUCCUACAAGUGCAUCAUCCGCGCGGAGGAGUGCCUGACCCUGGCGAGGAGCCUGCACUUGGAGCCCCAGAACUUCAGCUGAAGCUCUAGCAGCCCAACAAAAAAAUCCGAGCUGAGGUGAGGACUUUUCAACAGGGGUGAGCCAAAUACGGUUUGCCCCCGGUGGAAGAUUUCAACCAUCCAACUGGUUGAAAUUCCAGGUGAUGGUUCUGAGUUGGCAAAAUUGUUGAACUGCCAACUUGCUGGCAGGAUUUUGCGUCAUGUCAUUCAAAGCUUGCAGGGCCUUUUCUGGCCAGCACACUCAGCAGGUCAGUAUG